AUGACCAACGCUGAACUGAAGAAGUUCUUCUGGACCAUUUCACCACAUCUACCGUAUUUCCCAGAUCUGGCUCCCUCGAAUUAUUACCUUUUUUCCUAUCUCCAACGUCAUCUGGGUGGUCAAGACUUCCAAACCCGCGACGACAUCAAAAAGGCACUCGAGCAGUUCUUCAAGGAACAGUCCCCAGCGUUCUGGAGCAAAGACAUCUACGAUCUGCCUUGA